AUGGCCGACAAAAAGAAUCUCCUUUUGCUUUUCGAACGUCCUCUGGAGCCAGUUUUUAUGCAAAAAGGUUACAGUUCGGUUUUCGAUGUCCCUGACAACUUCCUCACGGAUCGCUACAAAUUCAUUGCAAAUGAGGUUCGAGAUCGUUUCGGAGAGAGUGCCAACAUCCUGAUUCCUGUUAAAAACAUUACAAUGCCAGAUUUAAAGAUUCCCUUGUCGUUGGACAGGGACGAACCCUUCUCAUUGUUGAUUCCUCGUCACAGGCGCAUUGCAGGACGACUUAUUGAUAUUUUUAUGGGUAUGCGCUCCAUCGAUGAUCUGCAAAGCGUUGCUGUUUAUGCUAGAGAUCGGUUGAAUCCAUAUCUUUUCAACUAUGCCCUCUCAGUAGCCUUGCUUCAUCGACCAGAUACUAAAGGACUAAGUCUUCCACCAUUCGUUGAAAUAUUUCCGGAGAAAUAUAUAGAUUCGAAAGUUAUUCCUAAAAUUCGAGAGGAAGCGACUAUUGUCACGGAUGGAUCCCGGAUGCCAAUAAUCAUCCCUAAGGACUAUACUGCUUCGGACUUGGACCCAGAGCAUAGGCUGUGGUACUUCCGAGAGGACAUGGGCAUCAACAUCCAUCACUGGCAUUGGCACUUGGUAUACCCAUUCGAGGCAGCCAAUCGUGAAAUUGUAGCAAAGGAUAGACGUGGAGAACUCUUUUAUUACAUGCAUCAGCAAAUUAUCGCCCGGUAUAACGUUGAACGAUUCUGCAACCAGUUACCACGCAUAAAACCGUUCAAUAAUUUUCGUGAUCCCAUUCCUGGCGCGUAUUUUCCCCAUUCACUGGUUGCCAGUCGAGCAUAUUCGCCACGUGUUGAAAAUAGUGUUUUGAAGGAUUUAGAUCGAGAGUUGGAUCAAAUCAAAAAUGAUAUCUCUGAUCUUGAAAGAUGGAGGGACAGGAUCUAUGAAGCUAUCCAUCAAGGAUUUGUAGUCGAUGCAAGCGGAAACCAAAUUCAACUAAAUGGUGUUAAAGGAAUCGAUAUUCUUGGAAAUGUUGUGGAGUCCUCAAUUCUGUCACCAAAUAGACAGCUCUAUGGUGAUUUCCAUAACAUGGGUCAUGUUUUCAUCUCAUUCGUUCAUGAUCCUGACCACCGUCAUUUGGAAUCGUUUGCAAUUAUGGGUGAUACCGCCAUCAACAUGCGAGAGCCGGUCUUCUAUCUUUGGCAUGCAUACAUCGAUGACAUAUUCCAGGAGCACAAAGAAAAUUUGACACCCUACAUCCUCUCUGAGCUGAAUUACCGAGGAGUCACUGUAUCUGGUGUCACUGUUAACUCCGAAAAUGGACCUGCUGAUACUUUCCAAACAUUCUGGCAACAAUCUGAUGUUAACUUAUCCCGCGGUAUGGACUUCAUACCGCGCGGCAACGUCUUCGCAAGAUUUACCCAUCUCCAACACAGUCCUUUCUCUUACACCAUUAAUAUCAAUAAUGAUGGAGGAGCGGCGCGUUUUGGAACAGUGCGUAUUUUCCUUGGACCGAAAUUCGAUGAACGUGGAACUGAGAUGUUGUUCAGAGAUCAACGCAUUCUGAUGAUUGAACUGGAUAAGUUUGUGGUGUCGAUGCAACCAGGACAAAGUACAAUUCGUCGUCGUUCCAGUGAAUCAACAGUGACCAUUCCAUUUGAAAGGACCUUCCGAAACUUGGAUGAAAAUCGUCCCGAAGCAGGUACUUCGGAAGAAGAACAAUUCAAUUUCUGUGGAUGUGGAUGGCCUGAGCACAUGCUCCUUCCAAGAGGUGUCCCGAAAGGUUUCCGUUGCCAACUUUUCGUUAUGGUCUCGAAUUAUGACGAUGAUAGGGUUGAUCAAGAUCUGGUGGGAACUUGUAAUGAUGCUGCGGCUUAUUGUGGAGUUCGUGAUCGUCUUUAUCCUGAUCGUCGAGCCAUGGGCUAUCCGUUCGAUCGUUUGCCACGUCAAGGAUCCGACCGGUUGGCUGAUUUUUUGACGCCUAAUAUGUUUGUAAAGGAUGUUUCCAUUGUUUACACUGACAGUACUACUGUCCGUGGGCAGUAA